AUGUUAUCUUCUCGUGCUCUUCAGAAUGUUGAGCAACUGGAACGUCCCUUCCGUUUUACUCCAACUCCGGAUUAUAACCCUGAGACCAAUCCUCAAGGUCUUAUUUCAUUUGGCAUGGCAGAGAAUAGACCAAUGAGGUCUGAAAUUGUGAAAUACAUUAACGACAAAGUUACGUUCACACUUGACUCAGUCAGCUACCGCUCGAGCGCCACUAUAAAUGCUCGUCUUCCGGGAAUUGCUGCAGCUCACUUAGACAAGGUCUUGGGCACACAUUCACCAAUUAAUCCGGAUCAUGUUUUCGUCGCGGAUUCCCCGACGUCUCUGGGCAACAUGCUCGGUUUCAACCUCGCAGAGCGGGGAGAAGGCAUUAUCGUUAAUCGCCCCGUAUACGGCCGCUUUGAGCUGGACUAUGGUGUCGAGGCGGGCGUUGAAAUUGUCUAUGCCGAUACCACAACCGAUGAGGCUUUUACGCCGAACUCUGUGGCUAAGUACGAGCAAGCUUUAAUUGAAGCCGAGCAGCGAGGCAUCAAAAUCCGUGCGGUACUCCUAGUCAACCCACACAAUCCUGUCGGUCGUUGCUAUCCCUCUGACACCCUGAGACAUAUUGCAAGGUUUUGUGACAGAAAGAGUCUUCAUCUUAUUAGCGAUGAGGUAUAUGCAUCCUGCGUCUUUGACUCAGGUGAUCCUGAUGCGGUGCCAUUCACUUCUAUUUUAUCGUUAGAUCUGCAGGGCUUGAUCGACCCAAAUCUUGUCCACGUUCUAUAUGGAUUUAGCAAGGACUUUGCUUCUGGGGGUCUGCAUCUUGGCUUCUUGGUAACUGCAAAUGAGCAACUUCGCAAGGCAUGCAAAAUGGUUCUGCGGCUUCAUGGUGCUUCCCAGGCUGCAAUUACGAUCGGGACUGCUAUCUUAGAAGAUCAAGACUUUGUAAAGAGCUUCCUAGCUAAAUCUCAGGCUAGCCUUGCAGCAGGCUAUCGCCUAGUGACUUCUACACUUCGCGAAGCAGGUAUUAACUACAUGAAAGGAGGCAACGCCGGAUUCUUUGUUUAUGUCGACUUGUCCCCUUUCCUCCCCGAUAUUGACUGCUCGGUUCAAGAACGCGAAUUUGCUCUAGCACAGCAGCUUCUUGAUGAAGGUAUUUUCUUACAUCCUGGGGAGGAGCACUCUAAGGAUGCGGGGUGGUUUAGGUUGGUAUUUUCCAAUGACGAACUAGCUCUGAAGGAAGGGCUGAGGAGGAUGUUGCGUGCUUUGAAUUUAUAG